AUGCUGGUGCUCGACAUCGCCCUCUAUGCCAUACUAGGCACGUCGUUGGUCUUUUCAAUUAUCGAGCUGGGCUUAGGCGCCUCUGCUAUAUCUGCUUGGACCGCAUCGAACCAAGUUUCCUAUUAUUAUGGCUAUGGCUACGAAAAUAUCAACAUCAGCGCUCCGCCCAUCGUCUCCUUCCUCGUCUUUACCGCGGUCUGGACCAUGCUGGCCAGCGGGGCGUUGCUGUUCCUGCCAUGGUUUUACACGCGCAAAGGCUGCAGCGCGAAGCUGAACAUGACCCUCAGCAUCGUCUUCACGGCCGUCUACUUCCUCACCAUGGUGUUCUGGUUGGCCUCUUUCGCUGAUAUUGCCUCCUAUCUCGGCGGUGGCACCAGCACAUCGGACGCCGUGAACGCUGCAAUUGCAUUUGCAGUGCUUCUCUGGUUGCUAUUCACCGCCCUAUUCAUCCUGAUUAUCUUGACGCUCUGCGGUGUACUGGCCUCGGAAUGGCCAGGGUAUCAGUCCUUGAGAAAGUCUCAGGCUGCAGAUGUACCGGCGGGUGCAGGUCCGCCGGCACAAGACGUGCCGAUGAGUAGGGCCCCUGUGGUUGCGUCAGAUCCGUCUACACAGGAAGCUGAGGCGCUCCAUAACCAGCCACAGUUGCAUGAAGCCUCUUCACCCUCGGCCGGCCAGAGCGCUGAGCUCAGUGGCGAAAGCACCCGCAUUGCCUGA